AUGAAUAAUAUGGGUAACUCAAAUUCUGGUGGAAGUAGAAGAGGUAGUCUUAUUAUAGAUAAUUCGGAAAAGAUAAUAAAAAUGUGUGCUAUGGCUUGCGCAUGUACUUUCGGUAUAGGAAGUCACUUCUCUUCUCAUAUUAUUGGACCAAUGAAAGGAAUAUUGAUGGAGAGACUUGAUCUUACAAAUACUCAAUUCUCUUUAUUGGUAGCAUCACUUACAUUAUGUAAUACAGUGAUUCCAAUAGUUUCAGGAUUAUUAGUGGCACGAUUUGGAACUACCCGUAAAGUUGGAUUAAUGAUUAUGGGAUUUAUGGUUUUUGGUGUCGGAUUGGCACCAUUAACGAUUGUUCAAGAAACAAUAAUUGUUCAGUUCUUUCAUGGAAGUGGAUUAGGAUUUGCUUUGGCUGUUGGUUUAACAUUGGGAAGAUUAGUAAUCUUGGCAGUUCCAUUAUCAAUGAUGCCACCAUUGGCAUAUCGAACACCAUUUAUAGCUGCCACAUUUACAUGCUUUGUUUCUUGGAUAAUGAAUUUUGUAUAUAUAAUUCUUUUGAAACAUGCUGAUAAUAGAAAAAAUCAUAAUAAAGGAGGAGUUGCAUUGUUACAAGUAGUUGAAAAGAAGAAAGUUCAUUGGGAUGCCAUAUUUGAUCUUUCCGAUUUAUUUUGGUGGUUUUUAGUGGUGGGAUUAUUAUGUGGUUCUGUAUUAUCACCAUUCGUUCAUUUAUCGAGGUAA